GAAAGAUAGAGAUAGAUUAAUAUAGAGAAAGAAAGAGAGACAGAGAAACAGAAAGAAAGAGAAAAGUAUAGAUAGAUUGUGAGAAAGUUAAAAAGUUUUCCGCGGCGCGCACUUCUUUUCCAACUCACCAUGAAAUUACUCGUCAUUAUACUCAUCUUGGGCCUUUUAGAAAGGAUUGCAAGCUAUCCAGCAUCUUCGGAAAGAGGGGAAAUGGUUUCAUUAGCUAUUGUUUUUGAUACAACCGGUUCCAUGCUUUGGGGCACGUUCAAUCACGCCAAUGUUUCAGAAAUUGGUCCAGUUCGAAUAACCCGAAAUGCGGAUCGCUUUCAAGACUUUCUUCGCAACUUGACGGUAUCGGGGGGAGGAGAUUGUCCGGAAAAAUCUAUAUCGGCUAUUCGGCUAGCACUUGAGUCUUCUCUUCCUAAUUCACUCAUCUAUGUUUUCACUGAUGCGCGAUCAAAAGACUACGAACAAACCGAACAAGUUCUCUCACUUAUUCAACAAAAACAAAGUCAAGUGGUAUUCGUCUUAACUGGUGAUUGUGGCAACACAUCUCACCCAGGAUACUAUGCUUUUCAAAGAAUAGCUCAGACAAGCAGCGGCCAGGUGUUCCUUACUAAGAAGAAUCAAGUUCUCAAGAUCGUCAGGCAGGCUGUUCGGUCUCGUAAAGUUCAUGUUUUGACGGUGAAUCAACGCCAAAGAGCAGUUUCAGACGUUUAUUUACUACCAAUUGACUCGAGAAUUCAGCGUUUUACCGUAACUGUAAGUGGCUCCGAUCCCAAAAUACGUUUAUUCGAUCCAGAUGGGGAAAAGUUUGAUAAAAAGCGGGGCUUAAUUUCAACGCUAAAGUUGGCUAAUGGUAUUGUCGUGACAGUAAGAAAGCCUAAGUUUGGUUCAUGGCGUUUACAAAUAUCCAGCUCAUCUGCCCAUCAGGUCAGAGUAAACGCUUUAAGCGAUUUGGAUUUUACACAUGGGUAUUCUUUAAAACCGACCUUCUCCAUGAACAAGACCUUCUUCAGACCAAUAACAUCAGCCCAAAACUAUAUGCUCGUUAAUUUAACAACUAAUGAUUCCAAGACAAAGUUAGAGAGCGUUAAAUUAACAGAUUUACAAGGUAAUGAAAUCGCUGUACACUCUCUUUUGGAUGAUUUACGAGAAGGGGGCCAACUACCAUAUGUUUAUUCCUUUCCAUUUUUACCGCCUACAACAGAAUUUUAUUAUGUAAUGAUUAAUGGUACUGACCAUAGGGGUCUACCUUUCCAACGGUUUUCUCAAACAGCUAUACAGGCAAGCGUUCCUCAGCCACCUAUUGUACAUUCUCCAUCGCCACUAUUAAAAGUUCCGUCAGGGGAGAGCAUAAAAUUGAGUUGCUUCGUUAAGAGUAUUGUCCCAUAUAAGGUUAAAUGGUUUAAAGGGAAGAACCAUAUAGGACCAGACCUAUUCUUUUCUCAGCCGGACAAUGCAACACUGGAGAUAACGAGAGCAAGACUAAUCGACGAAGGCAAUUAUAUGUGCAACGUAUCAAAUAGAGCUGGUUAUAGGAUAGCCCAAAUUACUUUAGACGUUCUUGAUUCAAAACCUGUUAUAAAGGUCGAUAGAAAAUCAGUUGAGGUUGUGGAAGGUGAUCAGCUUGUCCUAUAUUGUAGAGUCUUCUCUAAAACUGACUUUAACAUUACUUGGUCCCGCACUUAUUACUCUAAAAAGUCAGUUGAACUAGAACCUCAUAGAACAUCAUUGUUUAACAAUGGAACACUUAUUCUUCAUGAUAUACGUAGAACGGAUGUUGGAAUAUAUACUUGUGAAGCGCGAAAUGAAGGAGGUUCUUCAAAAUCAUCAAUAAACGUAACUUUGCAAGGUUUCCCGAAAAUUACAAUAACGCCUCGCCAAUUCAAAUAUCGAACGGGAGAUUCAAUCAAUUUUACAUGUUCAUCAAAUUCAAAAGUUCAAGGGGGUUUCAUGUUCAAAAAGGAAGGAUCGAAUUUAGAGUACUCGAGUCGUAUUUGGUUUGAUAGGACAAGGGGAAGCUUGAUGAUAAACAAUUUAAGAAUUGAAGACGCCGGAAAGUACGAAUGCGAAGGGAAGAACUCGGCGGGAAGUGCGUCUGCAUUCUCUCAUUUAAUUUACAUAGAAAAACCGACAAUCACAGUAACAAGGAACAGAGUGCUAAUAAAUCAGCUGGAUACUGUGAGGUUGAAAUGCGAAGCCCGAGGUCAACCUACGCCAGUUGUUGAUUGGUUCUUUAAGAAUCAACUAAUAAAGGAUGGAAGUUUAUUCAAAUUACAUGAUAAGGGUCAACAAUUGGAAAUAAAAGAAGUACGCGAUGAUAACGAAGGAACUUAUGAUUGUGUUGCUAAAAAUGAAGGGGGUAAAGAUUCAGGAAGAGUUAAUUUGUUUGUUGGUUCAAUCCCAAGCUUUACGGAGAAGCCAAGUUCAACUAGAGUUAGGAUUUUAUCAAAUAUUACAUUGGCUUGUGCUGGUAUAGGGUCUCCAAAACCUAUUGUAAAAUGGUCUAUUGAUAAUAAAGAAACCAAAAGAAUUACACAAUCUAAAGAUGGUUACCUUAAUAUAAUCGGAGUUAAGAAAGAAGAUGAAGGUUCUUACACUUGUAUUUUAGAGAAUAAGUUUGGUUCGAUAAAUACUACAGCUGUAAUAUCUGUCGAUGGAAUAGUUGCUCCAAGAAUAGAAUACUCAAAUCCAACCGAAUACGUAUUAUUAGGAAGAGAAACUAGUUUAUCAUGCCGAAUAUACGGAGGUUUUCCUCCUCCAAUAGUCGAAUGGAUGAAAGACGGGAAUAAACUCACUUCUGGUGGACGAAUUUCCAUUGGCCGUCACAAUAAUAUAGUUAUUUCGCAAACUAAAGCUGAAGAUGAAGGCGAUUACGCGUGUGUGGCAUCAAAUGUGGGUGGUCAGCAGAAAUUCGUUACUACGUUGAAAGUACAAGAGGCGCCUAAAAUACAUGCAAACGAUUCUAAAGGGUCACUUCAAGUAAUGAAGGGAUCUAUGAUUUCCCUAGGCUGUAGGGCAACUGGAAAACCUGAGCCAUUGGUUUCAUGGUUGAAGAAUGGGAGAAGAGUAGAAGAAGAGCAAGAUCAAUCGAGAUUUUAUAUUGAUAGAUCGGGAAGUAUACGUAUAUUUGAUGCUAGAUUAACAGACUCGGGUCGUUAUACUUGCUCAGCUAUUAAUGAUAUUGGAAUGGACUUUAAAAGUAUGAGCUUGUUAGUUUUAAAUCCUCCACAAAUUAUUCGCUCUGCAAGACGACACUACAGAGCGAUUCUGGGAAAUUCCUUAGCAAUACUAUGCGAAGCUGAUGGUACUCCGGAACCAAAUAUUAUUUGGAGAAGACUAGGUAAAAAAUCACCGUCGUAUGGCGCGUCAAUAAGAUUUGACAGAGUAGUAGAAAGUGAUGAAGGGGAAUAUGAAUGUGAAGCAUCUAACUCAGCUGGAAAAGAUACAAGAAUUUUUACUUUAACUGUUCUCGUGCCUCCAAGCUUUAAUGGUACAGCCCAAGGCCACCUAAGGGCUGUUGUAAAUCAGCAAGUAACUUUAAAUUGCCCUGUGUUUGGUAAACCUAAACCAGUAAUAGGUUGGAAAAAAGAUAUGAAAAUUCUACAAGUUAGACAUCGUCUAGAAGAAAAUUCAUUGAUAAUUGAUAAAGUUCAACCAAAACACGUUGGUUUAUAUGAAUGCAUUGCAGAAAACGAGGCCGGUAUAGCUACUCGUCAGUUUUCAUUGACCGUCGAUGAACAACCAAAGAUAAUCUUCAAUGAGCCUACGCAAAAGACUGUUGCUAUAAAGGACUCGUUGACUCUUGAGUGUCCAGCAUAUGCCUCGCCAGAGCCAGUAGUAAGAUGGUUCAAAGAUGGAAUACCAUUUAAUAAAAUGAGAUUGGAAAUGGACUAUUCCAUUUAUAUAAGAAAAGUUAACCAACACGAUGCUGGUAUUUAUAAAUGUUUAGCGACGAAUAGAGCGGGAAAUGCAUCUUUAAAUAUGAAUGUAACAGUUCUUGUACCGCCAAGAUUCUUGAAAGAACAAGAAGUUGAUUUUGCUGAGAAUGUACAUAUUCAAAAUUCAACAAUUAUACUUGAUUGCUCUGUGGACGGUUUACCUCUCCCAACCGUAUCAUGGUAUAAAAACGAUAUUUUACUUGAUAAUUUACCCGAGAAACGAAUUAGUUUGGAAAAGAACAAUCAAAUACUGAAAUUAGUUAGUAGCCGGAAGUCGGAUAAAGGCCUAUAUUAUUGCCGUGUAGAGAAUUCUGUUGGUUAUGAUGAGAGAAGAUUUGACAUUGAGAUUAUAGCUCCGCCAGUUUUCGAUCAGUUUUCAGCUUCUAACAUGACAGCUGUUCUUCAUCAAUCUAUUCGCUUUCUUUGUUCUGUUAAUACAGAUCCUACAGUAGAAGUUAAGUGGUAUCAUAAUGGUAGAAAGAUAAGGGAAGGUAUAAAAUUCGAUUCUACAAUCUAUGAAAUUGAUUAUGUGCAAGCCAAUAAUUCUGGUCAUUACGAAUGUGAAGCAUCCAACGUUGCAGGAUCAGUUUCUAAGGUGUUUGACCUUGUCGUAUUAAUACCACCAAAAUUCGCUAGCGUCGAAAACGGGAGGCAGGAAGUAAGAAUGAACUCAACUGUCCACUUAGAUUGUCGAGUAGAAGGCUAUCCUACACCAAGUAUUUUAUGGUAUUAUAAUGGUCGUUUAUUGGCAAAAGCGAAUGGUUCAGAGGUUCUUAAAAUAAGAAAGGUUUCAAUUACAAACUCUGGUUUAUACGAAUGUGUUGCAACCAACGAAGCUGGACAGAGUGAAAAACAUUUCAAUGUAAAUUUCCAUCAACCUGCUUAUUUUAUAUCACCUGAACCAGGUCAUAAAGUAACAAAAUUAACAUUAAACCGAAGCCUAGUAUUAUCUUGCCGAGUUGGAGGAUACCCAACACCAAAUAUAAUUUGGGAGAAAGACUCUAGAAGAUUAAAUUGGAGAAAGGAAAAUUUGAGGAUAGGAUCGGCAACUUUGGCUGAUGCUGGUCUUUAUCGAUGCAUAGCAUCAAAUGUUGUUAGUCGUAUUUCAAGAGAGUUCGACGUCCAAGUAGUGGAACCACCAAGAAUUGACAAGACCGGAUUUAACUCAAAUCCUGCUGUUAUAGUUAACCAAAGUCAUCAAUUUAAUUGCAAAGUUGACGCAAUUCCAGAGGCGGAAGUUACCUGGUUUAAAGACGGAAGAUUACUAGAUAAUAAUUUUAGAAUACAUACUUUAUCUAAAGAUGAAAUUUUAGAGAUAAGAAAAGCCGAGACAUCCGAUUCUGGUGUUUAUACUUGUACAGCAAGAAAUGAAAUUGGAAAAGAUUCAUUAUCAUUUAAUUUCAAAGUUUACGAACCUCCAACCUUUGUUGAUGAAGAAAGUUCAAAAUUUCAAAUACAUGUUACGCUUGGUAAUUCACUAGUAAUUAACUGCUUCACUAGAGGAAUACCAGAACCAAAAAUCUCUUGGUUUAAGAAUGGUAAAAUGCUGGAUUUUUCAGAAAGGCAUCAUGAAAUAAGUAAUAACGGAAAAUUAUUACGUAUUGAUCAUGUUAAUGAUUUUGACUCGGGAAGAUAUGCAUGUUCUGCUUGGAACGAAGCUGGUAGUGCCUAUAAAGAUUUUAUAGUAUCCGUUUUUGUUAAACCUUACAUUGAAAUCGAAGGUAUCAACUUUUAUCCAACAACUGUAAAAGGUAAACAUGUAAUCUUCAAUUGUCAACCACGAGGGCUACCUUUCCCAAAUGUAUCAUGGUUAAAAAAUGGAAAACCUUUCAUUGGUGGAGAAAGGACAAGGCUUUUAUCUGGAAGUAGGCAAUUGGAAAUUCAACGGGCAAUAGAGAAUGAUUCGGCUAAUUAUACGUGCAUUGCGACGAAUAGAGCUGGUUCCGCAAAUAUUUCAUACCAUCUAAAAGUCAUUGUUCCCCCAAUAAUUGAUGAUUCAAACUUAGUUGGCAAACCAAUUGUGCUAUUAAAUUCAAAAGUCUAUCUUGAAUGUCCCUCUACCGGUUCUCCCCCUCCCAAUAUUACCUGGUACAAGAAUAAUGAAAAAAUAGAUUCAACAACAAAAAAUGGUAUUGAAAUUAGAGGUCAUCGAUUAGGCAUCUUAAGGGCAAGUUUAGAGGACAGUGGAAGAUACGUUUGCGUUGUUACUAAUGUUGCUGGCUCAACGAGACAAGUGUUUGAUUUGGAUGUAUAUUUUGAGCCAAAAGUUGAUAAUAUUGCAGAAAAUUUGACAGUAUUGGAGAACGAAACGGUGUCUAUGCAUUGCCCGAUCACCGGUUAUCCAAUUCCAGUUGUUAAUUGGUUCUUUAAAGGAAGUCAAAUUCCAAGUAACUCUAGGAGGAUAGUUACCUUUCUUGAUGGACAAGAACUACGAAUAACUAAUGUAAGGAGAAAAGAAGCAGGCGAUUACGCUUGUGUUGCACAGAAUUCAGUUGGAGAGGUUAAGAAACGUUUUCAUUUGCAAGUUAAAGUCCCUCCAGUCAUUAGAGGUAGGAAUAAAGUGUUUAUUAUCAACGUGCGUAAAGGUAACGAAAUUCGUCUCGACUGUGUUGUCGAAGGCCAACCAAAACCAGUAAUUAUUUGGCUUAAAGAUGGAUCUCUCAUUCCUCCUAAUGAUGUAAGAAUAAGAGAAGCAGAAGAUAGUCUUUUAAUUUUUCCAGCUAAGACAGAAGAUACAGGAUUGUUUACAUGUCUAGCCGAAAAUGAGGCUGGACGCUCCGAAAAAAAAUUCUCUAUUCAUGUUCAAUUCCCACCUACAUUUUUUGAAAAUUCAACCGAAAUUCUCAAUUUAAUUAGUGGCCAAUCAGUUAUAUUAAAUUGCGAUGUUAUUGGGAAACCAACACCUACAAUACAGUGGAAAAAAGACGGCCGAAAACUAUUUAUACAUCUUUUAAACAAGAUGCGUCUUUUGAGGGGAGGCUAUCUUCUAGAGGUAAAUGAUCUACAAAUUGAUGAUGGAGGCUAUUACGAAUGCGAAGCGUGGAAUUCUGUAGGAGAAGGGAGAAAACGCUUUGAAGUUGUCGUUCAAUCGCCACCUAAAAUUCACCAAGCAUUGACAGGAGAAGCGAAUAAAAUCAUUUCCAUGGAAAAUACAAGAGCAGUUCUCAGAUGUAAAGUUGAAGCUGAACCUAAAGCUGAAAUCAUUUGGUUGAAGGAUGGUGUAUCUUUGCCUGAUUAUAGAAUUGGAGAAGAUGGAACUUUACAAUUUUCAGAGGUUCAUACUGGAGAUAGUGGACAAUACGAAUGCUUGGCUAGAAACAGAGCUGGAGAAGAUAAAGCAUACUUCGAUUUAAGAGUGUAUUCAUCCCCUAAAAUUGAAGCUGAUAGAAAUGACGACCUUCAAGUUAUGCUUGGUGAAACAGCAUUCUUUAAUUGUCGUACUAGAGGUCAUCCUCCAGCAAAAAUUGAAUGGUACAGAAAUGGCAGAGUAAUCAGAAAUCAGUUUAUUCAUAAUAACGGUACUCUUGAGAUAAGACGCAUUACUGAAGAGGAUUUCGGUAUAUACAUUUGUAGAGCUACCAAUGAGGCUGGUUCAGAGACUAAAAGAGUCAACUUGAGAGUAUUGAUAGCCCCUCGUUUUAAAAAUCCAAAUGUUGCUGAUAUAACAGCGGAAGUUAAUGAGCCUGUAACAUUAAUAUGCGAUGUUAAAGGAAAGCCGAUGCCGCGGAUAAUGUGGAUAAAAGACGGCGAACAAUUGCGAAAUGGAGAUAGCCGUAGCUAUAGAAUAUCAGCCAUCGAUAAUCGUAAUUUACAUUUACCUUUACCAACGGUUGAUGAUUCUGGUACGUAUACAUGUGUAGCAUGGAAUGAAGUUGGUACUAUCAGAAAACAGUUUGUCGUAAGCAUUCAAGAAGCCGCCUGGAUCAGACGGAAAGAAGAAAGAAUUGGAGUUAAAGCAACGUCAUUGACUAUUCUACCUUGCCAAGCAUAUGGCCAUCCCAGACCAACUGUAAUAUGGUCAAAAAACGGGAGAAAUAUACCUAACUCUCCCAGAUAUCUUUUGAAUCCAGAAGAUGGCUCUUUAACUAUACGUAAUACGGUCGUGACUGAUGCUGGAAAGUACGAAUGUCGAGCCAAAAAUAACGCAGGUGUUGCAGUAAAACAUUUGUUUUUAACUGUUCAUGCUCCCCCGAGAAUUAUUCGACAUUCGCGAAAUGAAAGGGAUCUUCAGUGUGAAGCAUCCGGACAGCCAUUACCGAAAAUUGUUUGGAGACGAAAUGGACGAUUAAUUAGAUCUUCUAGGAGUUUGAGGGGUAAAAGUAUCUUUAGAGCUAAUGAGGAUGGCUUGUACGAAUGUAUUGCUGAAAAUGAUAUUGGCAUGGACAAGGCGGCUGUAUCUGUAAGAUCAAUGAAAAUAGCAGAAAUUACUCUUGAAAAUAAUGCUAAUUCGUUAAAAAUGAGGCGUCUGGUAGGAGUAUUUAGGAGGGAUAAAGGGCUUGUAUGGGAUAGUUUAAAUGAAUAUUGGUUCAUUUGGUCUCCUGUGUAUUGGGCAACAGCUAGAGAAGUUCGUACAGCUCAGAAUGGACGAACGAUAUCGGAUGGUAUAUUUAGAAUUGAAUCGUUUAUUCGAUUUUCAACUGGUGAUGUUCUAUACGUCGUACACAGUUCUUCCGGUUUUAACUCUAACGGCGUACUAAGAAUUAAUACGAAAAUCGACGGAACAUGGCCAACAGAUUUUGGACGUAAGCCUAGAUAUUUUGAAGAGUUUUACAUAAGGGGUUCUAAUGGUCAAAUAUUUAGUAAAUCCCAAAUGAAUUUAGGCGGAAGGUCAUAUAUAGCGGCAGAAAUCAAUUCCGAAAUAAAGAGUUCGUCUAAAGAUAUCAUACAAAAAUAUCUUGUUCAAAAGUUAAUGGUUAACUUUAACAGACAAGGAAUAAGUACUAAAAUAGAGAAGGCGUCUAAAAGGUACGAUCGUAAAUGUCCAAAUGGGUAUAGAUUAGAUUUUAGACGUUAUUGCUGUGAAGAUGUGGACGAAUGUCAACUACGAAACUCUUGUUCACCCCACGAUACUUGCAAGAAUAUUUUUGGUUCGUAUAUUUGUCAGAUGACAACUUAGAAGAAAUCAUUGAGUUCCUAUAGUUACAUAGUAAUGCGUGUCUUCUUCAAUGAAAUCGUCCGCUAUUUUAACGAACAAAUUGAAAAUGUUCUUUACUCUCUCUUUCAAUUGUAUCAUGUCAUUUUUACGAAAUUUUUAAAAGAAUUUAACUAUUUUAGAUUAUAAAUUCGAUUGUUUGUGUGAAAAGUAUGAAAAGAAUAAAUACAAUAUAGAGAAGCUAAAAUUUAACAAA